AUGUUGAAUCGUCCGGCAUUCUUCAAGUUUUACGUGCCUUGGCUUGGUGAAGAAAAUCAGAAAAUCCCUCCAAGGUUUAUUCAAUCUCUUCCAGGAAACUGGCCAAAGAAUUUGUCACUUCGAGACCGUUAUAACAAUUUGUGGAAUGUGAAAGUGGAAAUGAUUGGCGGAGAUUGGUACUUUAAAGAUGGUUGGGCAAAAUUUGUUGAAGAUAAUAAGAUAAAAGGAGGGGAUAUGUUUAUCUAUGAGUAUUUCUCUCAUGGUUUACUUGACUUCAAAAUUCAUGGAGGCAAUGGUUGCAUGACAGAAGGUGCUGGGGGUCAGAUUAAUAGGAAUAUUGAAGAGCAGCCGAGUAUAAAGAUAGAAUCAGAUGAUGGCGUUGUAAAUCAUACUGAUAAACCUGAUAAUGUUCCUAUCGAUGAUAACGGCGAUUAUGAUUCCACGUCUGAAGAAGAGAAUCCAAGGGAUGACGAUAAUAUUCAAGGGGAUGGUACGACCAGUUCUAGCAAAUCCAAAGCCAAAACAACCCGCGACUGGUACGGUGCAGAGCUCAUCAAAUCCGGGUUCAUUCCACCACCCCGGAAUCCUUAUUUCGUGACCAAGAAACUAAGAACCAGAGCUAGUGAAUUGCAUAUACCCAUGGAUGUGAUCAAAAGCUACAAUCUGAAACUCCCUGAGAAUGUGACGCUCCUCGACCCAAAAGGAAGGCAGUUUCCUGCCACACGCAAGAUGUGGACGGACCGGAGGAUCUUCUACAUCGGAGGCUGGAAAAGCCUUUGCAAUGUGAACAUGGUGGACAUCAAAGACUCGUGCAUCUGCGAGUUUUUGUAUAACGCCGAUGAUCUAUGCAUCAGCGAUGUAUGA